AAAGAUUCCCGAAUCCAUACUGGAAUGGCCUGUUUCGCGAAACGCCAGCCGCCAUGUCGACUUACAAGCAACCCAUAGGGCAGAAGCGCCUGACGAAUAUCGCGGUCGUGAGGCUGAAGAAGUGCGGGAUGAGGUUCGAAAUCGCGUGCUACAAGAACAAAGUGGUCUCAUGGAGGACACGCGUCGAGAAGGAUCUGGACGAGGUGCUUCAGAGCCAGACGGUGUUCUCCAACGUGGGGAAGGGCACCCUCGCAAAGUCCAAGGACCUCGUCGCAGCGUUUGGCACGGACGACCAGGAGAAGGUGUGCCUCGAGAUUCUGGAGAAGGGGGAGUAUCAGGUGUCGGACAAGGAGCGGGAGAUGCAGGCAUCCUCGUUACUGAGGGACAUCACGUGCCUUGUAACGGAGCGGACAGUUAACCCUGAGACGCACCGGCCGUAUCCUGUGGGCAUUGUGGAGAAGUUCAUCCGCGACAUCCACUUCUCCGUCGACCCCAACCGAUCCUCCAAGCAACAGGCCCUGGAUCUGAUCCGCCAGCUGGCGCAGCGCUUCCCCAUCGCCCGUGCACGCAUGGAGCUGCGCCUCGUGCUGCCGUCCGCUGCGCUGCCCUCGGUGCAGGCGGAGCUGCAGCAGAUGGGCGCGCUCAUGCGCUCACAGGCGCAGCCAGUGGACAACACACCCGCUCAGGUCUCCUUGGUGUGUCAGAUCGAGCCGGGUCGGUUCCGAGAAGUGGAUUCCCUUAUGCAGAGAGUGAGGGGGCGGCUGGAGGUGCGGGCAGCAGCAGUGCAGCAGGAGGGGGACCUGUCCUUUGACUCCCUCGACGAAUCAGAAGCGACGGUUGCUGGCACUGCCAUGACUGCUCAUGGGGGGGGGGCAGCAGCGGGCACAGCAGAGGAUAGGGGAGGCCAGGCUGGAAGGGAUCAGGCUGAGCGUGGGGUAGAGGCUGGGGGACGGAGAGGUGGAGGGGCAGGAGGGGCUGGUGGGGUUGCAAGGGAUGCUGAGUUACAGGCAGAGGCAGCUGCUAGAGCAUUAAGACAAGUGUCGGUGGUAGAUGGAGCAGCAACAGCAGGAGGUGGUGGAACAGCAGCUGCGGCAACUAGGGGGGGAGGUAAGGCGAGCGGGCGGCCGCAGCGAUGCAGUACAUGUGGAGAUGGAGCGACCUUUGAUGACCCGCGGUUGUUCCGUGAGCACAUGAAGUCGGAUUGGCAUAAGCACAACAUGAGGCGCAAGGUGAGGGGCAUGCCGCCGGUGUCUGCGGAUGAAUGGGAGGCGGACACCAGCCUACUAGCUGACGAGGCGCAUGAUUUGCAUGAAUAUGAGAAGUAGAUCAAGCAUGGAUCUUGUAAGUGCUUGUGGCUACAUAGUUUUACCUAGUUAUCACAGUGGAGGAAUGUAAAUGGGGCUUAGUGUUUGUGAUCUAUUUGCCAAAGAUAUUUUGCAACGAAGUAGUAGAG